AUCAAGAACAGAAAGGACCGAAGAGUAACUUUAAUAAUGUUUCUUAUACGGCAGACAUUAACUAUCUCUCUAAUCGCCCCUCCUCCUCCCUCAAAAGAGAGUCAGAAAAUGUAAGGGAGAGGCUUUGAGAUAAAACCCCAGGAAGAACUUCCCGAGUCUGUGCAUGUUGGGGCAGAAAGAGCGGCAGAGCCAACUCCUUGCCUGCUCCUCAGCACCUGUUGCCUUCACUAGCAGCUUUUCCUCCUCUUCCCUGCACUCCCCAGAACCAAAGAAUGUGAAGGGGGUCCAUGGAGGGCUCACGUCCCCGCGCUCUGGGCGGCCACUUAGCGCCCUCACCGCCAGCCUUCGAGGGUGAACUGGAUCUGCAGCGUUACUCCAACGGGCCAGGCUUGAGCGCAGGGUCACCCGGGAUGGGUGCGGUGGCCUGGUCUGAGAGUCGUGCAGGUGAAAGGCGUUUCCCUUGCCCUGUAUGCGGGAAGCGCUUCCGCUUUAACUCCAUCUUGGCGCUGCACCUGAGGGCACACCCUGGCGCCCAGGCCUUUCAAUGUCCGCACUGCGGCCACCGUGCAGCACAGCGGGCUUUGCUGCGCUCCCAUCUCCGCACUCACCAGCCAGAGCGCCCGCGUAGCCCUGCCGCGCGCCUGCUGCUGGAAUUGGAGGAGCGUGCACUGCUGCGCGAGGCCCGGCUAGGGCGAGCCCGGGGCUCAGGGGGUGUGCAGGCCAUCCCAGCCACAGAAGGCCUGGCUCCACCCCAGUCUACUACAUCGUCUGCCUUCCGUUGUCCCUUCUGCAAAGGCAAGUUUCGCACCGCAGCGGAGCGUGAACGCCACCUGCACAUUCUGCACAGACCCUGGAAGUGCGGCCUGUGUAGUUUCGGCUCCAGCCAGGAGGAGGAGCUACUACACCACAGUCUGACAGCCCAUGGGGCUACCGCGCGCCCCCUGGCGGCCACCUCCACUGCGCCCCAGCCUCAGCCUCCACCAGAGCAGGAACCCAAAUCAGCCCCAGAAGCCGAGCCUGAGCCGGAGCCUGAGUCAACCCCCGCCCCCGCCCCCACUCCCGCCGCUCCAGAGGAGCCCCCAGCGCCUCCGGAGUUCCGCUGCCAAGUGUGCGGCCAGAGCUUUACACAGUCUUGGUUUCUCAAGGGCCACAUGCGCAAGCACAAGGCUUCCUUUGAUCAUGCGUGUCCCGUGUGUGGCCGCUGCUUUAAGGAGCCCUGGUUCCUCAAGAACCACAUGAAGGUGCACGCAAGCAAGCUCGGCCCACUGCGUGCUCCUGGGCCUGGUUCUGUGCCUGCCCGGGCCCCUCAGCCUCCUGACCUGGGCCUACUGGCCUAUGAGCCACUGGGUCCCGCGCUCCUCUUGGCCCCGGCGCCUGCCGCCACUGAGCGCCGUGAUCCCCCGAGCCUCCUGGGUUAUCUUAGCCUGCGAGCUGGUGAGGCGCGGCCCAACGGCGAGGGUGCUGAGUCUGCGCCUAGCCGCAGUUUUGGAGGCUUCCGUCCUUUGCCUUCGGCUCUCCCUGCCCGGGCUCGCCGGCACCGCACUGAAGAGCCUGAUGAAGAGGAGGAGGUGGUGGAGGCAGAGGAGGAGACCUGGGCCCGUAGCCGGGCGCUGGGUCCUCUGACUUCACUGCACUCGCGCCCAGGCGAGGGGCCGGGGCAGCCUGCGUCUGCAGCAGGAGCCCAGGCAAGAUCAACGGCCACGCAGGAAGAAAACGGGCUGUUGGUUGGAGGGACUCGCCCGGAAGGCCGGGCAACUACUGGCAAGGAUUGUCCCUUCUGCGGAAAAUCUUUCCGCUCAGCGCAUCACCUCAAGGUGCAUCUGCGAGUGCACACAGGCGAACGCCCUUACAAGUGUCCGCACUGUGACUACGCGGGCACCCAGUCCGGCUCGCUCAAGUAUCACUUGCAGCGUCACCACCGGGAACAGAGGAGCGGGGCGGGCCCAGGCCCCCCCCCAGAGCCGCCACCCUCUUCCCAGCGGGGUUCAGCCCCGCCUUCGGGAGCCAAAGUUGCUCAGCAGCCUGCCACUUGGGUGGAGGGCACAGGGAGCCCUCGGCCUCCUACAAGUGGCACCGUGCCCGGGUCACGUCGGAAGCCAGCUAGCCCCGGGAGGACCCUUCGCAACGGGCGAGGCGGUGAGGCCGAGCCCCUGGACCUGUCCUUGCGGGCAGGCCCGGGAGGUGAGGCCGGGCCUGGGGGUGCCCUCCAUCGCUGCCUCUUCUGCCCUUUUGCCACUGGAGCCCCUGAGCUCAUGGCCUUGCACCUGCAAGUGCAUCACAGCCGCCGGGCAAGGGGUCGUCGGCCACCCCAGGCCGAAACAUCCCCGCCCUAUGCCCGAGCACCAUCAGGGGAGACCCCUCCCAGUCCUCCUGAAGAAAGGGAGGAGAACCCCGGGAUGUUGAGAUCUGGAGAGACCGGGCUGGGGGGGCAAGAACGGUAGGGAGCCCUCUUAGGGGCCUUUAGCUUAGUGAGCUUACCUCGCUGGAGCGGGGAGCGCUAGAGGUAGUUGGAUAGAACAGCCAGCAGGGGGCAGUGCGGGACCCAUAUCCCAGCCCCAGGCAGACCAGAGGGUGAAGGGGCAGUGGGCGUAGGAGAGUGGGCGGGAGGUACUCAGCCCAGGGGAGAGUCACAGUGCCUUAGAAGUGGCAGGGGUGAGGGUCAAAGAAUGGGGUCCCAGGGUUGGCAGAAAGAGUCAUGUCUCUAUAGAGGAGCUGCUCUGCCAGUCUUUGCUGGUCCAUAGGCGUGAGAGUUUAUUUUUGUACAAGGGGUGGGGGUGGGGGGCCCUGUACCCUUCUAGCCCCAAAAGGGGCCCUGUAGACGUUGCUAUUUUUGGUACGAUCCCUGUCUUCCCUGUCGCAGAGUUGUGUCCCCAAUAAACAGGUGUCUUGAGGCACAGGGUACUGUGUCUGUCUGCCUAUGUCCUG